AUGGAGCGGGAGGAUUUGGGUGCAUGGCUAGGCCUAGCAAUAGGCGGCGGCGAGGGCGGCGGUGGCGAUGUGAGCCAUGGCCACGAGGACGAACGCCGGCCUGAUCCGGUUCGAUUUGACGCGCUGUUCUCCCUGUGUGGCAACCAAGAGCGCGAUCCUGAUGAACACGCGGCGAGAAAGACGGGAGGGAAAGGUGCAAGGAAGAGGGUCGGCGACGAUGACGGCCGAUCGUCGUCGAACAGCCCAUGUUCGAGCGACGGCGCGAGGAGGAAGAAGCUCCGGCUCACCAAGGAGCAGUGCACCCUCCUCGAAGACAGCUUCCGUGCCCGCAACAUACUUUCUCAUGUCCAGAAGCAGGAGCUGGCACGGCAGCUGAAUCUGAGCUCCAGACAGGUCGAAGUGUGGUUCCAAAAUAGAAGAGCCAGAACAAAGCUGAAGCAGACGGAGGUGGACUGCGAGUCUCUGAAGCGGUGGUGCGAGAGCCUGACGGACGAGAAUCAGCGCCUGAAGCAGGAGCUUGUGGAACUGCAGCGGUCAGCUGCGAUGUCGGCACGGGCAGCGGGCUCGCCACUCUUCGCCCAGCUUCCCAGGGCGGCGGCCAUGGUGAACUUCUGCCCGUCCUGCGAGAAGGUGGACGUGAAGAAUUAA